CCCCUUUCCAGCUCCCAGUUCGGCUGUUGCGCGCCUGGGGUGAGUGAGAGGUGCAGGCGUCCAACGCGCGGGGAAAGGGGUGCCCGCUGCAUUUUGCUGGGAGGCUUCGAUAUACGCGCGCCCCGCUCAUGGCUUCUAACACCGGCCCGCUGAAGAGAGUGGCUCGGGAGCUUUUGGCCGCGCUGGUGGUGACUCGAACCGGUCUCCGGGGCAUCCAUCGGUUCAGUGCUCUGCAAAUUAAUGCACCCUCUACUGCACCUAUAGCAAACAAAAGUUUUGUCCAUGGGGUGACAAACAUUCCUCUUCUUUCCAAAACUGUGGAUCAGUGCCUAGAGGAGAUAACCCACCGGUAUCCUGAUCGAGAAGCUGUGGUGUAUUCUAAAGAAGGGAUUCGGAAGACUUUUGCCCAGUUAAGACAAGAUGUAGAGCUGGCAGCAGCAGGGCUUGUGGCCCUUGGCUUGAGAAAAGGCGACCGACUAGGAAUGUGGGGUCCCAACAAGUAUGAAUGGACCCUAAUGCAAUUUGCAACAGCCCAGGCAGGAAUCAUCCUGGUUUCUGUGAACCCAGCCUAUCAAGCCAAUGAGCUGGAUUUUGUGCUGAAGAAGGUUGGCUGCAAAGCACUGGUGUUUCCGACGCAAUUUAAAACACAGAAAUAUUAUGAGAUCUUGAAGCAAGUUUGCCCGGAGCUGGGGGACUCUUGUCCUGGAACAUUAAAAAGCAAGAACUUACCAGAGCUUUCUGUUAUAAUCACCCUGGACUCCAAGCUGCCUGGCGCGUUCCAGAUGGCGGAUGUGAUGGAGGCUGGAGACAGCAACCACAAGAAACUGCUGCAGGACAUACGAAAGACGCUGGCCUGCCAAGAGCCCAUCAAUGUUCAGUUCACUUCAGGAACAACAGGAAGCCCCAAAGGGGCCACACUCUCACACUACAAUAUUGUGAAUAAUGCAAACCUGAUUGGUACGAGACUGGGAGUCAAUACUAUGGAAGCCCGUUGUUGUCUUCCGGUCCCUCUUUACCACUGCCUGGGCUCCGUGUUAGGCUGUAUGGUGAUGGCUAUUCAUGGUAUCACUCUUGUCUUCCCAAGUUUAAGCUUUGAGGCUAAAGCUACACUGAAAGCAUUGGACCAGGAGAAAUGCACCCACAUAUAUGGCACUCCAACCAUGUACAUAGAUAUACUCGGAGAGCCUGACUUUGACACCUAUGACCUCUCAGCUCUCCGGGGAGGAAUCAUUGCAGGGUCAAUAGCACCUCCUGAAAUUAUUAAGAAAAUCUUGAAGAAGAUGAACAUGCAGGAGAUGGUGGUUGGUUAUGGAACUACAGAGAACAGCCCUGUCACUUUUAUGGGGUUCCCCCAUGACAAUGUUAUGCAGAAAACAGAAAGCGUGGGAUGCGUUUUGCCCCACACAGAGGCAAAAAUUGAAGAUUCUGUAACAGGGGAAAUCCUCCCACUCAACACCCCAGGAGAACUUCAGAUUCGAGGAUACUGUGUCAUGUUGGGAUACUGGGCAGACCCCAGCAAAACUAAUGAAGUGAUAACUGAUGAGAAAUGGUACAAGACCGGGGAUAUUGCUGUUCUCGAUGAGUACGGCUACUGCAAGAUUGUGGGUCGUUGCAAAGACAUGAUUAUCCGAGGAGGGGAGAACAUAUACCCAGCAGAGAUUGAACAAUUUCUACACACCCACCCUAAGAUUCAUGAGGUGCAGGUAGUAGGUGUGAAAGAUGAGCGAAUGGGAGAAGAGAUCUGUGCCUCCAUCAGGCUGAAACCUGGAAAGGAGCCCACAGCAGAAGAAAUCAAAGCAUUUUGCAAAGGGAAGAUUUCUCAUUUCAAGAUCCCUCGGUACAUUGUGUUUGUGAAGGAUUUUCCACUCACUGUCUCAGGCAAGAUUCAGAAAUACAAACUGAGAGAGCGCAUGGAGAAGCAUCUUCAGCUUUGAGCAGUGGAGACAUCCCAAACAAACACCAGAUGAACAAGUCUGUUGCCAGCUUUUUUUUUUUACGUUUGAGCAAUGCACUGUUAGAAAGCUGCCAUUACCAGCCUUCUUCAAGAUGCACUAAUCUAACUGUAACCAAGCAACAUCUACUGAAAAUACUACUUUUUUAAAGAG